AAAUUGUGGAUAUGGUAGAGCCCCCAUCCUGGGAGUCCAAUACCAGCUGUUAUUAUGAAAAAACUGGGAAGAAUUUCGUACCACAUAAUUAAAAAAGUUCACUUCAAUUCCAAAAAUAAUUUUACGCUUAUGCAGAAAAAAACAUUGACAACAAAUUGUGUGUUACCAGUAUCGUGUCAGCAAGUAACAAGUAAUAAAAAAACUGAAGAUUUUAUUAUAGAACAUGGAAAUCUAUGUAUCCGGUCAGCAAAGAUGGCAGACGUACCGAUCGAUUGUGAUUUUCCCGUCUGGGGUUUAUUGCCAAAAAAGGAAACGGGAAUAGUUUCUUUCUUGAACAAGUACCCUAAUUAUGAUGGGAAAGACACAGUUAUUGCAAUUUUUGACUCUGGAGUUGAUCCUGCAGCGUCGGGUCUUACGAUUACCAGUACAGGAAAAACAAAGGUGAUAGAGAGGUUUGAUUGUACUGGUUGUGGCGAUGUGGACACAAGUACCGUGAUACGGAAGGUGGUUGAUGGUUGUAUCACCGGUAUAACCGGUCGCAAGUUAAAGAUACAAGAGUCAUGGAAAAAUCCAACUGGAGAAUGGAGGGUAGGAGUCCUGUACCCAUUCAGUUUGUAUCCUACAAAGGUAAAAGAACGAAUUCAAGAACACAGAAAGGAGCAUCUUUGGGAUGUGGGACAUAAAACAGUUUUUGCUGAAGCAAACAAAAAGUUACAGGAGUUCGAGAGUGAAGUUGUGUCAAAAAAUUCUACACUAAGUGCAGAAGACAAGCUUCUGAAAGAAGAGUUGGAGGCAAAAAUAGAAGUGCUUCAAAGUGCUGAUAAAAAGUAUAAUGACUUGGGUCCAACUUAUGAUUGUGUACUGUUCCAUGAUGGCAAUGUCUGGAGAGCCUGUAUAGAUACGUCAGAAAGUGGCGACCUGUCAUCAGGGCCCCUGUUGGGGGAGUACAGUCGAACCCAUGAACACACACACCUUACUCCAUUAGAUGAGAUGACAGUUACUAUCAAUGUUCAUGAUGAAGGAAACACCCUAGAAGUUGUUGGCAUGUGCUCUACUCAUGGAACACAUGUAGCAGCAAUUGCCUCUGGGUACUUUCCUGAAGAACCUGAUAGAAAUGGAGUAGCACCUGGAGCUCAAAUUGUCUCACUUACAAUAGGAGAUAGUCGACUUGGUUCUAUGGAGACUGGAACUGCAUUAGUUAGAGCUUGUAUCAAAGUAAUGGAGCUAUGUAAGACGACUCAGAUAGAUGUCAUUAAUAUGAGUUAUGGAGAACAUGCACAUUGGUCUAAUGCUGGCCGUAUUGGUGAUAUCAUAAGCUCAGUUGUUAAUCGUUAUGGUGUAUCAUGGGUGGUGUCCGGUGGCAAUCAUGGACCUGCGCUGGCAACAGUAGGUGCUCCACCAGACAUAGCUCACCCUGUUCUUAUUGGUGUGGGUGCGUAUGUCUCACCGGAAAUGAUGAGCGCUGCGUACUCUAUGCGUGCGCGGGUCCCACACGGCGCCUUCAGUUGGAGUUCCCGCGGUCCCUGUCCAGAUGGCGCUGCUGGACUGGCGAUUUGCGCUCCAGGCGGCGCUGUCGCUUCUGUUGCGAGGUUUACUCUUCGCAACUCGCAACUAAUGAACGGAACGUCAAUGGCCGCACCACACGUCGCUGGAGCUGUCGCUGUAUUAAUGUCCGGAUUAAAGGCUAAAGGUUUACCAUACUCGCCAUACUCUGUGAAGCGUGCUCUUGAAAAUUCAGCUACAUAUCUGAACCACGUGGAACCCUGGGCUCAAGGCUGUGGAUUGCUCAAUGUUGAAAAGGCGUUCGAGAUUCUAUCUCAAUAUCACGAACAGCCGGAGCGUGACGUCACGUUCAACAUAUCCUGCGGUGCCAAUACCAAGGGGAUUUUUCUAAGGCCGCGUCCCGAUGAACCGCCGAGAGAUGUCGCUAUAACCAUAGAACCACAUUUCAUACAUAGGGAUUCUGAGACCAAGGAAGCAGUGAUUCGCAGGCAGAUUCAGUUUGGCGUGCGAUUGGCGUUGGCAAGUUGCGCCGACUGGAUCUCUGCGCCUACGCAUUUAGAUCUCAUGAAUGCGCCAAGACUUCUGUCUGUGCGCGUGAAUACAGCACAUUUACAGCCAGGGCCGCAUUUCACAAGUAUAAACGCAUACGACGUAUCCUGUAUAGAAAAGGGUCCAGUGUUUCGUAUACCAGUGACAGUUCUGCAGCCGCAGCCGUUGCCGCCGAGCGCUGCAGCACCGCAAUUAACGCACAAUAAUGUUGUGUUCAAGCCCGCGACUAUACGCCGACAUCUUGUUAUACCUCCCUUAGAAGCAACGUGGGGGGUGCUAAAAAUGUCUCUAGCGGCUAAUAACGGCGAAGUCAGCGGUCGUUUCCUCGUACAUUGUAUGCAACUAGCGCCACAACGGAGUUGUCGAACGCACGAGACGCACAAAAUGCUGGCAAUCACUAGCGAAGCCCCUACCUUAUUGCCAUUUCAACUUAUUGGUGGCGUAACUUUAGAAGUAGUAAUAGCGAAGUAUUGGGCGAACUUGGGCGACUUAUGUAUGGACUAUACACUGGAGUUUCACGGACUUAAACCAGACUUUGGACCCCAGUUGACUUUAAGUGCGCACGCGUUGGGAAAUGUAGCGCUCGCUGCGUUACGUGCACAGGACGUCCAACCUGCCGCCCAGCUAAAACACUCGGAGCCCCUAUACAGGCCAACAGAUUCCAAAAUAAGUCCGCUUACCACCAGAGAUGUCAUUCCACCAUCGAGGCAGAUCUAUCAGAUGAUUAACACAUACACCUUCCACAUCGCUAAAGCCACUGAGGUAGCGCCAAUCGUAUCUCUACUAUGCGAUAUGCUCUACGAGUCCGAAUUCGAGUCUCAAAUGUGGAUGCUCUACAACUCUUCAAAGCAGUUGAUGGCCGUCGGCGAUGCAUAUCCCUCCAAGUAUUCAGUGAAGCUAGAGAAAGGUGAAUACACAGUUCGACUAAGCGUUCGACACGAGAACAAAUCUCUAUUGGAACGUCUUCAGGACGUUCCACUCGUUGUGCAGCAGAGACUAGCCCAGCCCAUCACCCUUGACGCCUAUUGCUCCCAGUCUAAUGCCCUAACUGGUGGUAAAAAGUUCACGACAGCUUCGUUAUCGAGUGGUAACUUGAUGCCACUCUACUUCACUCCUGUUCCUGCCGACAAAAUAAGUCGUUCUAACCUAACGGUGGGUCAAACUUUAACGGGCACAGUUACGUUCGCUAAGGACGAACUCGGUCGUCGCGUUGACGUAUACCAAGUGCAGUACGUACUCUGUGAGGCGCCUCGUCGCAGGGACAACCGCGAUAAGGAAAAGGACAAGGCAAAGACACACGAGGACUACUUGGAUGCUGUUAAAGAACUGUCUACCACUUGGUUACCUAAACUUGAAGGCGACAAACUGGAACAAGUGUAUGAGGAGUUGGUGGAAAAGUUCCCCGGAUAUCUCGGCGCACACGUCGCUUAUCUUCAGGCAAUAGAUCCGCCCACAGAUUGCAAUAAGUUGCCAAGUUUGGGAGUACCAGAAGUGACGACGGCGUGGUGUGAGCAAUUGGUCAAUGUGGCGGAUAAAGUGGUUCGUGGGGUCGACCAGGAUCAGUUGUUGGCCUAUCUGGGAAUACGGAACGAUUCAAGAACGGAUGCUGCUAAAAUUAAGCAGGAACAUGAGAAGCAGCGCGGUUACCUUAUAGAAGCCUUAUGUCGUAAGGGCACAGCGUUGUGUCGUCUACACGCUUUAGCGUCUAGUGCCGCAGCCAGAGAUAAAAUCGCAGACACGCUAAAGGACAAUAUGAAUGAGCUGCUCAAGUUCACAGACCUCACUGAUACAAAGGUGAUCCACUACGGCGUCUGGCACUGCUUUACCCUCAAACACUGGGGCCGAGCUAUCAAGCUACUAAACAAAAUGUUGGAAGAGAAACCAUCCCGCGAGGUCGAAGAGCGUCUUGUGGCUGCGCACACGCAGCUAGGCUGGUCCCAUCUCGCGGAAUACACACAGCGUGCGCUUCCCACCAAGUAUCCGACCACCUUUAGGCCUUUCUAAUUCUCAAUUCUGUUACCUCUAGACAAGUGUUUAGGAAUCUUCAACGGAUAUCUUGUUUGGGUGUUUCUGCCCUUAAUUCACUAAUAUUUACAUUUUUUUAAACGAUUUUUUAAAUAUUUUCUUCAUAGGAACAUGCAACAUAGUAAUGGUAUUAAAAUACAUUGUAUAUUAUAUAAGGCGUUAAUAAUUUGAGUAAUUUAAUGGAGUAAAAAAUACUUUGUCUAAAUAAUUGGAUUAAUCAGUGAAAACAUUUUUAAUCAAUAAAUUGGGUUUGUGUAUUUUAGUAUUGAACGUAUUUUGUGUCGUGGUUGUUGAACUGCCCGUCGUAACUUUUAAAUGGUUUAAUUUAAUCGAUUUAAUGAUUCUAAAUAUUAUAAUCCAAAAAAUGGAAUCAAAUUGAGACUCUUAGAAGGAUAAUACAACUUUUUUUGGCUUGAAUCACAAAAAGGUUGUAAGGUCCUACGAUUUAGAUAUACUUCAACAAGAAAGUAGUUCAGAGUCGUUCUAAUAUUUGGGAAACGUCAAAUGCCUCGUUUAGUUGUAGCACGGUUUUAUAUGACGGACAUUCAAACUUAAUCUCAAAAUAACUAUUUAUUUGGUAACCAAGUACACUUAUAAACGUCAAGUACUGGCAAAGAUACUCCGCCACUCUUUUUGAUCGUUUAGUUAUUACUCAAAUUGUUUGAAUUUGAGCAAAUAAAUCCCAAGCAUUAAUAUCAUUUAAAUAAUCGUCAAAAUUAUAAAAAGAUUUAUUGAUUAAUUUACGUUUGACAAGAGUUUUAAAUUUAUUCAUUGAUAAUUCUCUACCUUCGCUUGGGAGUUGUAAAAACGAAUAGAAUUUUCAUAUAAGUGGUUUCUCUUCUGGAACCUGUUUGGUAUGUAACAUUUAUUGAAUUAUUUUUUUAUUUAGUUGAUAUAUUAUUGCAUUUCAUAUUGUUGUCUAGAGGUGAUUUAUAGCAGAAUGUCAUACAACUAUAGAAUAUUAUAAUUCAGAGGUGACAUACAUAGAUAAUAAAAUGUAUGUUAAAUAGAAAUCCAACUUGUUAAAUUUGAUCGAUUUUACGUAAAACUUAUAAAUGCCGGUACUAUUACAUUUGCAUAAGAUAAGUGAAGCAGUUUGUAUAAGAACAAGCUACUUUUAGAAAUUUAUGAAAAAGUUGCCUAACUAAUUCUUGGCCUGGGGAAAUAUAAAUACACAAAUAAAACAUAUAUAUGUUUAUAUCGUGACCACUGAUUUAAGCGCGUACAUUGCACAAAAGCAAUACAAGAAACGUUUACAAACGUCUAAGUCACUAUUAGAAUCGAGACUUAGUUUAAAGUAUGUUAAAAUCCCUUAUAAUUCGCGCUAAGCACAUUGAAUGUUACUCACAUAGAGUUUCAAACGCUUCAGCAACUUCUUUGUUCUCUAUUGUGUUUGAUUGAUACCGGGCUCGGCUACUGCCAGUUCGGGGUGAGAAUGUACGUAACGUAGCGUACGCGCACAACCGUUUCGUCUUUUAAUACGUUGCUCAUACGCUCGUGCCCGUGAGCAGUAAAUAUUUCUAGUAGUUCGAUUGGCAAAUCCGUGUAUUAAGUACAACGUGAACAUAGCAGGGUGUUAAAUAAGUAUAUGAAUUUGUUUAUACUGUGGAUGUUGACGUUCGAAUGUUUUACGACGUCCCGAAGAAUUAGUUUAAAUUUUUAAAGCCGUAAUCUGAUUAUUUUUUUAUUUAAAUAAUGCAAAACUAAAUUAGGUUAUUGGUUUACCGGAUUCAGGACUUUAAUCCUACUUUAAUGACUCUGAGUACGGAGAAUUUUAGGAGCCUCUACCGUGACCACUUAGCCAGCUUAAUGCAUAUGAAUGCACAACAUUUUCACUUGUCAGUCUUGUCUUUUUCAGUGUAUGCAAGAUUUUAUAAUAUAUUUACGCUUUUCAUAAUUUCUUCUUACCUCGAUUGUUUUUCAUUUGUGAUACGAUUGUUAUCAGAAAGUUUAAAAGUUGUAAAAUAGACCGUAAUUCAAUGCAAUAAAGCACAAUAUCCAUUCACAUAUUUCUAGACACGUGAUUGACAUUUUAAUACUUAUUAGACUCGGAUUGUCAAGGCGAAAGGUCAUCUUAUUCUGAAAUAUAUGGAAUUGCGUUUUUGUUGCUUCGUAUUAAGGUUCGUUUUCGAAUGCUCCAUGUGUCACGGAAUUAUCUUAUGUGAGAGCAAAGCUAAUAUUUGUUUGUGAUUUAACCACAUACGUGGUUUUAUCAACAUGUAAUUCUCUAUAAAACGUAUUUUUUCCAACGGUGCUUUUCUGUGCUCAAAUAUGUGCGCUAGAGUAUGAUUAAAACUGAUUAUAUCUUUAAAAAUCGUUUGAAACAAUUGGAUCUAGUACUUUUUAGGACGUUCCAAAAUGACUUCACGAAUGUUGAGCGCUGAGAGUGGUGAUAAGGUUGAGAAAUAAAAAAACUUGGGGAUAAUCUCGCGAAAUAAUUUCAAAUAUAAUAUUUGCUAUAUAUACACCACAUAAACAAAAAUAACUAUAUAAAACAAACAACUUUAUAGAAAUCAGUUAUAAGUAUUGUUUCCUUUAGACAAGACGAAAUAUAUUAACAUCGGAACUUCAGAUUAAUAAAUAAACUUUCUAUCCGAGUUCCGAAGGUAGUCCAUGAAAAUAUUUUAAAUAUAGUAAAAAAGCGGAAGUACCGGCAGCCGUUUCAGCCUCCUGUUGUAUAAAAAAAUAUUCGCGUAUAUUUCGAGUGUACAGCACUACAAAGGGACUAAUUAUUAUUUUCAGUUUCAAUUUGAGCGAUAAGUAUAUAUUAGCGAUAAGAGUAUUGUGUUUCUGAGCAUCAUCAGCUCAGCUCUCAACUCACUGGCGUCUACCUUUAAGCCUUAGUUGAUUUAAGGAUUACAAUAUAUAAAGAUAUAGGUUUAAAAAUGCAUUUUUGGCAUUUUUGCAAAUCAAAUUGUCGUUCUGUAUAAGACAGCGCUAGCCAGUUAUAGAGAAUUAUUGCCAUACAAAAUAACAUAUAUAUAUAAUAGUAACGUUAUACACAUUGUAAUUUUACACAUUAGAAAAAUAUAUAAUUUUUUUACACGACCUAGUUACAAUAAAAUAUGACCUCAUUAGCUUAAUGUAGCGUUAAAAUGAAUUAUGUUAUAUAAGUAUAAAUAAUCAACGAAUCGAUAAAUGCUGAGCGUAAUUUCUACCUGCUAUAACAAUGUGACGGUUAAGACAAGAGGCAUGCAAUGAACUUCUGAGAGUACAAUAUAGUUCCCGCCACGUUCGUGUUAAUUGGAUGAGAUUUUGCAUCGGUUUUGUAUACCGUCAUUGAUUCGUUAAAACUUUACCAAGUUCUGUGUUGGUCUCAAUAUUAGUAAUUACCGCUACUUUUAUUAUUUAUUAUUAUUAUCGGAGGGUAGUAUUUUCUCGUUGGUGCUUUUAAUUACUGGAGUGUUCUGAUGUAUCUUCAGACACCUUGAAAUCCCCGCGAGGCACGCGUACCCACCUAUCUAGGCUUGUUGUUCAAGGUGCCUGUGAUUUCUCUUAGUUUUGGACCUAAAAUAUCGAGUCUUUUAUAUUAGUCGAAUCGAUAAUAUUUGCUAUUUUUUGUUCUAGAACUCACGUUGUUAUAGUAAAAGCCUACUGUAAUCGCACUGUCAAAUGUAACUUAAUUCAUUUGGCGUAUGUUCAAAAGCAAUACAAUAGAUGAUAUUUUAUAAAUGAGAUCUAUAUAUUUAAGUGGAAUACAUACAUGUAUGAAGUUAUGCUUAAUACGUCCAUGUUAUAGUCAGCUGAAAUUGUGAUUGGAUAUUAUCAUACGCGGAUUCUUUGUAUGUAGAUCACUUUAUAGAAGUUCAUGCAGAGUUAGUCGUACAUUUCUCGAUGCGGAAAUGGAAAUAAAAAAGUACAUGAAAA